GGUUCGCAUUCGCGGGUGCAUCUAUCGACGAGAACUUCGACGGAGUGGUCGUCUCCUCGCCCUCGCUAAUCGAGCGUGCAUACCGGUCAGUCAAGUGCAACAACUGGCAAGAUGAAGAUGGCGGACGGACCUACUAUCUUGCGAAGAAACAGGCCCGGAACGAAGGCAGAGGACUUCAGUAGGUGGCCCGAUGAGCCGUUUGAAGAAAUGGAUAGUACACUAGCUGUGCAACAAUAUAUCCAACAAAUGAUCAGAAGAGAUCCAUCUAACAUUGAUUUAAUACUUAAUAUGCCAGAAGCUAAUGAUGAAGGAGUAUGGAAGUAUGAACAUCUUAGGCAAUUCUGCAUGGAGCUUAAUGGUUUGGCAGUGAGAUUACAAGAAGAAUGUCAUCCUGAAACAUGCACACAGAUGACAGCUACAGAACAGUGGAUAUUUUUGUGUGCCGCACAUAAAACUCCCAAAGAAUGUCCUGCAAUUGAUUAUACUCGGCAUACACUGGAUGGAGCAGCAUGUUUACUUAACAGCAACAAAUAUUUUCCCAGCAGAAUCAGCAUUAAGGAAUCUUCUGUAGCAAAACUUGGUUCUGUCUGCCGUAGAGUUUAUAGAAUUUUCUCACAUGCAUACUUCCACCAUAGAACAAUAUUUGAUGAAUUUGAAAAUGAGACUUUCCUUUGCCGCAGAUUUACCUCAUUUGUGACAAAAUAUAAUCUGAUGUCAAAGGAUAAUUUAAUAGUACCUAUUAUGGAAGGUGAUGGUGCAACGGAAAGCGAAGCAUAGGAUCUAACAUUGCGAUCGUAUUGUCCAAAGUCGAAUUGUCAGAUUUAGUAGAAAAAAUUGCUAAUAUUCACGAAACAUUCUGAAUUUUAUGGUAAAUAUAUAUCUGACAAAGAUCUUUAAAAAGGUCAGUAAAUUUGCUUUCACUUAAAUAGUAUAAAUCUGUUACAAUCUUUUCUAUCUCCAACAUGAUUAGAUUAAAUAGAAACUAUUUUUGAUUAUUUUACCAAUAUU